AUGUUUUCCAAUUACAGCGACAUAUUGGAUGGAAUUUGGAGACCUUUGCUUAUUUUCGUCUCCUCCUUCAUUCCGAGCCUUUCUCCGUCGAUUCUGCUCUCAUCAAGAAAGCUAAGGAGCAUGUACAACAAGGCAAGCAUUGUCUCAGCUGGGUUACUUCUGGCAAUUUUAUUCGUUGAUUUUAUUCCGCAUUUGGUAGAGGGAGGACACUCGCACUCCCAUGGUGCAGGAGUAGCCCAUUCUCACGGGACAGAAGGACACCCGCAUACGCACAAAGUAGGAGGACACAUUCAUGUGCACAAGGCAGCAGAUCACAGCCACACACACGGCUCUAAAGGACACAGCCACACACACGGCCCUAAAGGACACACUCACUCGCAUGAUCAUUCGCAUACAGCAGUGCCACACGUACAUGCAUGGCACGAUGAUUUGCAGGUAGCACUUAUAGUGGGAGGAUUGACCCUCAUUGUUCUCAUCAUUGUAGACCAAAGAGUUCUGAAACAUUCUCAUUGUGACAAAGAAAAGGACGUGGAAAUAGUGGCAGCAACAUCACUAGAGCAACCCGCGCAUAGCCAUGAAGGACAUGCUCAUUCUCAUACUCAUGAUCAUUCUCAUGCUCACUCACAUGAAAGUCAUACAGGACACAGCCAUAACCAUGUGAUGGAAACAGUUAGCAAGAGUGAAAAGAGUGAAGCAGCAGAUAAGUCAUUGGAAAUUAAAGGGUGCUGCAGCGAGGGACUGAAGUACAAGACAACAGUGAAGCAGGCGCUUAUUUUUAUUUUCAUAUUUUCAAUUCACUCUAUCUUUGAAGGGUUUGCUUUUACGCCAAAACAAACGAAUUCUCUUACGAUGUUCUUGGGCCUUGUGGUCCACAAAAUACUGGAGUCCAUCACUGUGGGAAUUGCUCUUUUUUCUUCGCAGUUUAAAAAGAGAAUCUCUGUGGGGCUUCUUUUGUUCUACUCGCUUCUCACGCCCCUUGGAAUGAUUCUUGCGUACUACAUCUCCGGUGUGUUUGACAACAAACUGCUCAAAGACAUAUUUUCAGGUUUGUCAUUUGGCAGUUUGUCAUUUAUUGUCCUUGUGGAAAUGCUUCCUCCAAUUGUGCACUCUCUUACAAACCCAAUCAAGAUAUUCUAUCUUUUCUUUGGCUAUGCCGUAGGCGCAGUGCUCAUUAGUCUGGUGCACUGCAAAGGAGGAUGUAGCUUGUAG